AAAUGCAUUGAAAAUGAAAAAACAGAUCACUUUAGCUUUGACCCCUCUUCCUCUUCUUCUUUACAUGGUAGACCCAAACUCCUUUUUCUAACACAAAACUCACUCUCAACUCAAACCACCCCACUUUUCUCCACACAUUUUCAUUUAUCUCCCUCUACAGUUUUGCAAUCAGUGUCCUCUGUAUUUAGACUAACAAUUGCUGCUCCAAACCCCACUUCCAAAGCUUUGAUCUUCCUUUUUAAAGCUAUUAUAAGGAAAUCUACAAUACUGCUGUUCAGGGAUUUGAAGAUGAAAUUUAGUAGAAGUUCUGGAGGAGUGGUCAUGCUUAGUGUUGCGUAAUGGGUUUCCCCAUUCUGAUAUUUGUAAUAAUUUUUUUUGUUCCUUUCAAUGGCCUCCAAAAGCAGCACUAGAACUUCCCCCGAAAAGCAGAGAAAAGUCAUUAGUGAUCAGACAUCAGAAGGAAAAUCGCAAAGGCCCUUGCCUUUGCAGAUUACAAAACCGGUUUCUGUUCUUCCAAUAGAGAAUGCAAAUUUGCCGAUUUCUCAUGAAUCAGAUAAUGUCAAUAUUUUAGCUGAUAAGUUAUCUUCAGGUGUGGCUCUUGUUGAUUCAAAACAAGGGCCAACUUGUUUGAGUCGGGAUGUGAGCGAGGAUCGAUACUCACCAGGGACGAGUGCUGAUCAAGAAAGCAAAAUUUUACAACAUGAACUUGACCUUAUUUCACCAAAGAUUAGUGACGGUACUGGUAGCCUUGCAAAGACCAGUGGAAGUGCCAAGAUUAAUGAACGAGCUGAUUUUAUUGAGAGUGGGAAAAGUAGUGUGAACAGAGGGAGCACGAGCAGCGAUGUCAGUGAUGAAAGUACAUGUAGUAGCUUUAGUAGCAGUGUCAAUAAACCUCACAAAGCCAAUGAUAUGCGUUGGGAAGCGAUUCAGGCUGUUCGUGUAAAAGAUGGGGCGUUGGGUGUAAACCAUUUUAGACUGCUAAAGAGGUUGGGAUGCGGGGACAUUGGAAGUGUGUAUCUCUCAGAGUUAAACGGGACGAAGUGUUAUUUUGCAAUGAAGGUUAUGGACAAAGCAUCUUUAGCGAGUCGUAAGAAACUUCUUCGAGCUCAAACAGAAAGAGAAAUAUUGCAAAGCUUGGACCAUCCGUUCCUUCCAACUUUAUAUACCCAUUUUGAGACUGACAAAUUCUCAUGCUUGGUUAUGGAGUUUUGCCCUGGAGGUGACCUACACACUCUUCGACAAAGGCAACCUGGAAAGCAUUUUUCUGAACGUGCGGUGAAGUUCUAUAUAGCUGAGGUUCUUCUUGCUUUGGAAUAUCUGCAUAUGCUCGGAAUUGUUUACCGUGACCUUAAGCCAGAAAAUGUUCUUGUUCGUGAAGAUGGACACAUCAUGCUUUCUGACUUUGAUCUUUCCCUCCGCUGUGCAGUAAGUCCAACAUUAGUAAAGUCAUCGGCACCUGAAGGCGAUCCUUUCCGGAAGAACCCGGCUUAUUGUGUUCAACCCGCUUGUAUCCAGCCAUCUUGUAUCCAGCCGUCAUGUGUGGUUCCUACAACAUGUUUUACCCCUCGACUCUUUCGGAGUAAAUCAAAGAAAGAUCGAAAACCAAAAAAUGAAAUGGGGAACCAAGUCACUCCAUUGCCAGAGCUUAUCGCAGAACCAACCGAUGCUCGUUCAAUGUCGUUUGUCGGAACUCAUGAAUACUUAGCCCCUGAAAUCGUCAAAGGUGAAGGGCAUGGAAGUGCUGUAGAUUGGUGGACUUUUGGUAUCUUUCUGUACGAAUUAUUAUUUGGUAAAACUCCUUUCAAAGGAUCCGGUAAUAGGGCCACUCUAUUCAAUGUCGUGGGUCAACCAUUGCGAUUUCCGGAUUCGCCCGUUGUCAGUUUCUCAGCAAGGGAUCUAAUAAGGGGAUUGCUCGUGAAAGAGCCGCAGCAUCGGUUGGCAUAUAAACGAGGAGCCACUGAGAUCAAACAGCAUCCUUUCUUUGAAGGAGUAAACUGGGCAUUGAUUCGUUGCGCCAGUCCGCCAGAGAUCCCAAAGAUUCCGGAGAUAGAGCGGAGUCCGGCUCCACCAUCAACAAGUGGAAAAGGUAUUCCUGCUGCUGCUCCUACUGAGAAAAAUAAUUAUCUGGAGUUUGAUUUCUUUUAGCUGUCUGAUUGUUCAAAUGUUGCUUCACCUGUCUUGCACUAUAGCCAGUAUGUAGUCUCUACAACAUUGAAUAUGUGGAAAUUAGGGUUUUAUUUUUUAUUUCUUCCAUUGAUUAUAGUCAUAUAUGGUGGAUAUUAUCUGAAAUUGUGAAUGCUCUCAAUGUACAACAUGGAUUUGGUUUCUUCUUGAAGUGAAUACAUGAUUAUCCUAUUUUUACCCA